CCUGCAUCAGUAGUUCUCAGUGUGUGAUCCCUGGACCAGCAGUAUCAGCAUCACUUGAGAACUUACUAGAAAUGCGUAUUCUUGAGCCGCACUCCAGACCUUCUGAAUUAGAAACUCUGAGGAUGUGGCCCAGUAGUCUGUUUGAACAGUCGCUGCAAGAGAUUUCGAUAAAAUGUGAGAACCACUAACCUAGGUCUUCGGGGUGCAGCAGUGAGCAAAAGAAAAUCUCUGAACUCAUAGAUUUUACUUUUCAGACAUGACAUUAAAUUUCUUUAGCAAAGGGCACUGAUUAUUUUGUUCGCUCGGAGUUAAAUGCCUGGCUGGCUAGGGUGUGGAUAAGAGGGUCAACCAUUCCAAAUUAGUUCCUGUUUUUAGCUCCAUUUCUCUUCCUACCUUUUGUUACACUUGUUUUCAAUUGCAGAGGCUUUCUUGAGUUUUGCUGGGGAGUCCAGUUUCCACCUCUGGUGCAGAUACCACUGUUCACUUUAAGCAACAGCUUUCUUAUCAGUCAACAGUCUUCGAUUGCUUUUUUAAACUUAAAAAAUUGUAAAAAUAAUUCUGCUAUACACCUGGUCUGUUACUAGUUGGGAAUCUUUUAGAUUUAUUUUCAUGUCUUAUCACUCAGAGGGGUCAAAUCCAGGUUGCACGGAUGGGGCUUAUUUAUGUAUUAUUCCCCUAACCCUGAGGGAAAGCUCUUUAGAUUCCACCCUGGAAAGUAUUACGUUCUGUUCUUAGGAGGUCAUUUCACUUUGCUGUUUAUUAUCCUUAUUCUGUGACAUUACAAAAAAUGCCACAAAGUUUCACAGCUGUUCAGAAUUGGAGAUGAUUGUGAGAAACUCGAGAGUGCAUGCCCUGUUGGAAGGGAGCUGCUGCUAUUUGCUCCAUGUUAUUGUUACCGUGAGGAAAUUCUCUCCAAAUGACAUUAAAAUAGGCUGGCAUUAAGGAAAACAUAUAUGCGUGUUAAACACAAAGGAAUAGUCUUUACUCUCCAUGAAGUGUUACAACACAUGUUGUUCAUAUGCAUAAUUCAUUCUUUGUCAUGAAAUUGUUAAUUAUCUUAGGAUAAAUCACAUAUAUUUUUUCUUCUUUUCCCUAGUUGUUGAACAAAACAAAACAAAAAUAACUAGGCUUUUAGUUAUAUACAAUAACUAAUUGACCUGCAUUCCUCAGAAUUCAAAAAUCUCCCAGUGCCAUGACUUAGGUGUGCUGUCUUCCCUUUGCAGUGGGACUCUUUUCAUUCCUUGGUCAGGGCCUUUUGGGAACAUGGGUACUAGUUGUGGAGAUAUCUGUAUGUCAUUUCAGGGGUCAGUGACAUUCAGAGAUGUGGCCAUAGACUUCUCCCAGGAGGAGUGGGAAUGGCUUCAGCCUGCUCAGAGGGAUUUGUACAGAUGUGUAAUGUUGGAGAACUAUGGCCACCUGGUCUCACUGGCAGGUCUUUCCAUUUCUAAGCCUGAUGUGGUUUCCUUAUUGGAGCAAGGGAAAGAGCCUUGGCUGAGGAAAGGAGAUGUGAGCAGAGAUCUAUUUUCAGUUUCAGAGUCAAAUUGUGAAAUCAAAGACAUUUCUUCAAAAAAUGAUAUUUAUGGAAAUGACUCAUACCAGUAUUUGAUAAUGGAAAGAAUUCUAAGCCAGUGCCCUGAGGAUUCCGGUUUUAAAGGCGGUUGGAAAUGUAUGGCUGAUACUGAGAUGCUGCAAGGAAGUCAAGGGUACGUCAGGCAAGUGACAGUCUCUCAUCCGGAAGCCUUGGCUCAACACAUGACCGUCAGUACUGUGGAGAGGCCCUAUGGAUGCCAGGAAUGUGGGAAGACUUUCAGUCGGCGCUUUUCCCUCGUGCUGCAUCGGAGAACUCACACUGGAGAGAAACCAUAUGUAUGUAAGGAAUGUGGCAAAACCUUUAGCCAGAUUUCAAACCUCGUGAAACAUCAGAUGAUACACACUGGAAAGAAACCCCACGAGUGUAAGGACUGUAACAAGACAUUCAGUUACCUUUCAUUUCUCAUCGAGCACCAGAGAACUCACACUGGGGAGAAACCCUACGAAUGUGCCGAAUGCGGAAAGGCCUUUAGCCGCGCCUCAAACCUCACUCGACAUCAGAGAAUUCACAUGGGAAAGAAACAGUAUAUUUGUAGGAAAUGUGGAAAAGCCUUUAGCAGUGGCUCAGAACUCAUUCGCCAUCAGAUUACACAUACGGGAGAGAAACCUUAUGAGUGCAUUGAAUGUGGAAAGGCAUUUCGCCGUUCCUCACACCUUACGCGACAUCAGAGCAUUCAUACCACGAAAACCCCUUAUGAAUGUAAUGAAUGUCCAAAAGCCUUCCGUUGCCACUCGUUCCUUGUUAAACAUCAGAGAAUUCACGCUGGAGAAAAGCUCCACCAAUGUGAUGAAUGUGGUAAGGUUUUCACUUGGCACGUGUCCCUUACCCAACAUAUGAAAAUUCAUACUGGAGAAAAACCGUAUGCAUGUGCUGAAUGUGACAAAGCCUUCAGUCGGAGCUUUUCCCUCAUUCUACAUCAGAUAACUCACACUGGGGAGAAACCCUAUGUAUGUAAGGUAUGUAACAAAUCCUUCAGCUGGAGCUCAAACCUUGCUAAACAUCAGAGAACACACAUUCUAGAGAACCCCUAUGGAUAUGAAAAUUCCUUUAAUUACCACACAUUUCUUACUGAACACCAACGAAUUCGCAUUGUAGAGGAAAGCUAAGAAUGUAUAGAUUAAAAAAAAAAAGUUAAUGCCUUACAUUGAAUUCAGAGAACUCUUGGAAAGAAGCCUCUAUAAAUGUGUUGAAUGUGAGGAAAUGUGGCUCAUAUCUUACUGAGCAUUGGAGAAUCCAUUCUGGAGAAAACCUCUAGGAAUGUGUGGGGAAGCAUUAGUAGAUACUCAUUUUUGUGGUGGUGGUUGUAAUUCCAGAAGAAGAAAUCAAUAGUGAGAAGAAUCUUUAUGUGGCAGGAUUCCCUUCCUGUACACUGUGAAUUCCAUGUUCAGUAAACGUGGGAAAGCUUUUAGAGAUUAGCCCUCAUUCUGCAUCUCUCAUCUCAUUCAGGACAGAAUUAAUGGGAAAGGAAUGAGCUUCACAUCAGACAAUUCAUGGUGAAGCAAAAUCACACAUUGAUUGGGGAAUGCCUUCAUGUACCAUGCAAUAUUUAUUUAUUUUUAAAAAUAUUCUUCUAGUAGAGAAAGCAGCCUUAUCAAUGAAAUACAGGUAACUCUGCAAUAUUUUAAACCUUCACAGAGAAUUUUAACAGGGAAAAAACUAUCCUUAUAAUGAAUGUGGCAAAAUCCUAGAGUUGUGAGAAGUCGUACUGGAGGGAAUCAGCCUGGGAGGUGUGGAUUUU